UCGGUCCUGUUGAGUCAAGGCUUCUUUGCUUUGUCAUUACUCUUGGCUCGCGUCGAAAUUUCAGUGUGGCCAAAGUGAAGUGGAAAUACAUUCUGCUCUGUUUUGGCUGCCAAUAGACUGCUGCUGGCUAAUUAAUGGCCUGGUGCUGUUUUCCAAGCAUGCACAACACGAGUCCCGAAACGCGAACCAAUGGAGCCCUGGCCAGCGGGGUCAGCGAGAGGGUGGCCAUUCUGGACGCGGGGGCGCAGUACGGCAAGGUCAUCGACAGGAAGGUGCGCGAGCUGCAGGUCGAGAGCGAGUUGCUGCCGCUCGACACUCCCGCCUUCACCAUCAAGGAGAAGGGAUACAAGGCCGUCAUCAUUUCUGGUGGGCCGAACUCGGUCUAUGCCGAGGAUGCGCCUAGGUACGAUGCUGACAUCUUCAGGAUAGGAGUGCCCGUCUUAGGAAUUUGCUAUGGCAUGCAGAUGCUUAACAAAGAGUUUGGCGGCCAAGUGGUGCGCAAAGAGGUCAGAGAAGAUGGUCAGUUCAGCAUUGACGUGGACGAAAAGUGCCUGCUCUUCAAGGGCCUCCAAAAGGAACAGCAAGUGUUGCUAACUCACGGAGACAGCAUUGACAAGGUGGCGGAACACUUCAGAGUGAUUUCCAUGUCUGGAUCCAUAGUAGCAGGGAUUUGCAACGACAAGAUGAGACUGUAUGGUGUCCAGUUCCAUCCAGAGGUGGACUUGACCCCGAACGGCCAGGCCAUGAUGAAGAAUUUCCUCAUGGACAUUGCCGGUCUGACUGGCAACUUCACCCUGCAGAGCAGAGAGGAGCAAUGCAUCAAGUACGUAAAAGACACCGUUGGAAACCACAAAGUUUUGUUGUUAUGUAGUGGCGGAGUUGACUCGACGGUGUGUGCGGCACUGUUGCACAAAGCUCUGAGAGACGAUCAAGUUAUCGCUGUGCACAUAGACAACGGCUUCAUGAGGAAGCAGGAGAGCCAAAAGGUGGAAGAGUCGCUCAGCAACCUGGGUCUAAAAUUGAGAACCGUAAACGCAGCUCAGAAGUUUGCGUAUGGUUCAACAGUCAUUCCAGCAGAUAAAAGGGAUCCUACCUCAAGGGCACACGUUACUAAAACGCUAAAUGCCACUAUCUCUCCGGAAGAGAAGAGAAAAAUCAUUGGAGAUAUGUUUGUCCAUCUUGCCAACGAAAUUAUCCAGGAGUUGAAUCUGCGUCCGGAAGACGUAUUCCUCGGGCAAGGCACCCUGAGACCUGACCUCAUCGAGUCGGCGUCCAUUCUGGCCAGCUCGAAAGCCGACGUGAUCAAGACCCACCACAACGACACUGAACUCGUGCGGCAGCUGAGAAGUGCUGGCCGUGUUGUCGAGCCGCUCAAAGACUUUCACAAAGACGAGGUGCGAAAUUUGGGUCGCGACCUCGGACUGCCCAACGACAUGGUCAUGCGGCACCCCUUCCCAGGGCCGGGCUUGGCCAUGCGUGUCCUGUGUGCCGAGGAACCGUACAUUGAAAAAGACUUUUCAGAGUCACAAGUUGUUGUCAAAAUUAUUGUCGAAUACAACCAGAUGCUGCAGAAGAAACACGCUCUUCUAAACAGAAUCGAAAAUGCGACGACUGAGGAAGAGAGGAAGCAACUGCUUCUCAUCUCGAGCAAGCUACAGCUGGCAGCUAUCCUUUUGCCUAUCCGAAGUGUCGGCGUUCAGGGUGAUAGUCGCAGCUAUAGUUACGUAGUGGGAAUUUCGUGUGACGGUCCCCCUGUUUGGGAGGACCUCAUGUUCCUCGCCAGAAUUAUCCCUAGGAUCUGUCACAACAUCAACCGUGUCUGCUACAUUUUCGGCAAGAUGGUGCGAGACCCCGUGCAAGAUGUGACCCCCACCUAUCUCACAACAAGCAUCAUUAGCACCAUCAGACAAGCAGACCAUAUUGCCAACCAGGUGCUGAUAAGCUCAGACUUCUACAGCCGAGUGAGUCAAAUGCCAGUGGUGCUAAUCCCCAUCCACUUUGACCGAGACUCGAUUGGACGAAUCCCGUCUUGCCAACACUCUAUUGUACUGCGACCAUUUUUGACUCAAGACUUUAUGACUGGUAUGCCGGCCACUCCUGGAAAGGAAAUUCCUGAAGAGGUGGUGAUGAGAAUGGCCAACGACGUACUGGCUGUACCUGGCAUUUCGCGUGUGCUCUACGACCUAACCUCAAAGCCACCCGGCACCACGGAAUGGGAGUGAGUGAGGAGUCAGUGACCGCAACACACUCUUUGUUGUUUGCUUAUUGUUGUGUGCCUCGACGAUGUGACUCUCGAGUGUUGUUCAACUUCGUUUUGGUGAUAUGUUAAAAAAAAGCAACGCCGCCACAGGACCAUAAGUAAAUGACUACAAAUUUUUCAUCAAACCGCAUCAAAAUACUACUUCUGUUAUAAAUCGGUUGCAAUUUUUUGCGAUACAUUGACCUCGGUUGGAUGAUUGUCUGGUAAUACUUUUUCUCUCCAGCAUCUUGAUUGAUGAUACUCUUAGUUACUUUUUAAAAUACAGUUUAUUAUUUGGCAUGAA